UGCCGUCCUUCACGAUGCUGUGAUCAAACAUGGACAAGUCCGGCUUCUGCUGCGCCAUUUUGAUCGAAAUUUCGAUAUCCCAAUGCGAGAUUCCUCGUCAGCUCGACUAGAUGGAGACAAUCGGGCUGUGCCGGAUGAAUAGAUGCGAAUACGGAGGUGGAGAGAGCGCAAGAGCAAGAUGAGCUGCUCGAUAAGAACGCUUCAUGUAAAAGAGCGGGUGUCCCAUCUGAAAAUAGCUUAUGGUGCUCAGACAAAGUUGCGUGAAGGUCGCUGCAUUUAACGCAACUUAAUUUUGACAUUGGUUUGGUGGAGGAGGCGCAGUUGCAUCGUCCACUGCAUGCAGCAUGAGUCGUCCCGAGCACAUCUCGCCGCCGGAGCUCUUCUAUGAUGAGAAGGAGGCGGCCAAGUACAAUUCGAGCUCACGCAUCGUUAAGGUGCAACAGGAACUGUCGAACCGCGCCAUCGAGCUGCUCAACUUGCCAGAGGGCAAGGAAGCAUUCAUUCUAGACGUCGGUUGUGGAAGUGGUUUGAGUGGAGUGGCGCUGGAGGAGCAUGGCCACGCAUGGGUGGGCGUGGACAUCAGCAAGGACAUGCUAGACAUCGCCUCAGAGCGGGACAGCAGUGGUGACGUGUUCCUACAGGACAUGGGCGGAGGUUUGCCUUUCCGUCCUGGCGUCUUUGACGGCUGUAUCAGUAUCUCAGCCGUACAGUGGCUCUGUUACUCGGACAAGAAGGAGCACACGGCACGCAAGCGUCUUACGCGUUUCUUCACAUCACUCUACACGUGUCUGAAGGCUGGCAGUCGUGCUGUGCUGCAGCUCUACCCGGAGACGCCCGAGCAGAUGGAGGAGAUCUCGGGCACUGCUAUGCGCUGCGGUUUCUCGGGUGGUCUUGUUAUUGACUUCCCCAAUAGUGCCAAGGCCAAGAAAUUCUACCUCUGUCUAUUCGCUGGAUACACAGAUCAUCAGCAGGUGCCUCAGGGACUCGGCACGGGAGCCACUGCCAACCAGAUCUCGUACGAAGGACGCGGCAAGAAUCAACGCCAACGCAGAGGAAAGGGUCGUGAACCGAUUAAAGCCAAGGACUGGGUGAUGGCCAAGAAGGAGCGCUACCGUAAACAGGGUAAGAAGGUCAAGGCGGACAGCAAGUUCACGGGCAGAAAGCGUCCCGGCAAGUUCUAAACCUGUCGUUAAUAGCAGCGUAUAUGCAGAAGAUUUACCAGUAUUGCUGGGUAUAUAUUACAUUCGCGGAUGAAGGGAUGGAAGCGCAAUUAUUUUUCUGUUUAUCAUGUUGUAGAGUUUCUCAAAGCUCCAGUUCUCCAGCCUAUCUUCUGCAUCAAGUUUCUAAUAGAUAUGUCUUCAACU